UUGUCUAAAAUCCUCAUGUCCCAUGAUGGAAAAAAAAAGGAGAAUAUAAAGGAAGGAGUGCUAGCCACCAAGUACUUCAAUUUAUAGAAGAAGUUGAAUGCCCACAGCUUUCUGUCAAGCCCUUUCUUCAGGUGAUUCUAGUUAAGGAAAAAAGAUGGACGAUCAUUGCAGUCCUCUUAGCUGGGCAUAUUUCUACCAAGGUGAGGAAAUUGAAGAGCUGAGACAUUGUCUCUUGUACAUGACAGAGCUAGAGGCAACAAUUUUUUCAGCUAAGGAGGAGAUGACAAUAAGAGAAUUUGAGAUACUCCAUCUCAAAGAUCUUUUAAGUAGGACUAUUGAAGAAAGAAACGAAGCCCAAGAAGAAUGCCAAAAGCUACUGCUUGAAAAACUUGCUUCCGAACAGCGACUAGUGCUAACAGAACAGCAGGAGCCUCAAAAUCUACAGAAUCAGCUGCAGCAGCAGCUUCUACUGCAACAAGAAGAAACGCAAAAACUCAAACAAGAAGCUCCUCCUUCACUCCCUGGAUCUUCCGGCAGUGAAGAUGGUGAAUCCAACAAUUACAUAACCCCUCUUGAUCCUGGUAAAAUCAAAGUUCCCUCGCAGUUUCGUGACCCAAUUACCCAGCAACCAUUAGCACUAUCUCCACUACCAGAAGUGAUACUAAAAUUAGCAGCUGAUAGGCCAUUGCCUGAGAAAGGGAAGCUUCUGCAGGCAGUGAAGGAAGCCGGACCGCUCCUACAGACCCUUCUAUUGGCUGGACCUCUCCCUCAAUGGCAGCACCCACCACCACAACUAGACACCAUUGAUAUUCCACCUGUCACCAUUUCUUCUCCGACGGGCCGACUAAUUCACCAUGACUCUUUCAACAAUUUGAAUGCUUGCUUCAGCAAGAAAAGGGGUCCUGGUUCUUCUUCUUCAUCUCCUAACAACAAGCAUCAGAAGCUUGCCCUCCAUUGACCAUACUUUUUAUUUAGUACUUAGACAUAAUUGUCAUAUAUAUGCCCAUCCUUUUCAUUCUGUUAUACAUUGAUAAGGUAAUCAGAAUGAAAUGGAUGGCUAGCUAUCAUGUUUCAGUCUGAAAAUUUUACUCUA